GAAGAACAGGUAAUAAUGGAUAUCUUUAGGGUCAAGAAUGAGAAGUUAGAAGAACAGCAUGAAGUCCUGGUUGAGAAAAUGGAUGGUUGGAGGGGAAAAUACUUCACUAUCCUUGGUUUCUUUGUCUGUUUUAUUAUCAUCUUCAUCAUCAUUGUGCUUGUGCUCAUCAUCAAAUUAAAGAAUAAGAAGAAGAAAUCACGAUCUAAUAUGGGAUCUCCGGCACUUUCCAGGGGACACAUUGAGGAGCAAGAACCAUUGACACCCAGGGAUAGUGGAAGGACGGCAGGGAUUGGCUCAGUUCUUUGAUGGGAAAUCGCUACAGCAAGGACCAAUGUCUACAUUUGCAUUCAACAAGGGAUCUUAAAGGAGAAUAUAAUUAUUGUAAUUUUAUUUAAUAUUUAUAAAAUAAAGAUAUGAAUCUUA